AUGAAGAUCAAGACUAAAACUAUCCGUGGAUCCAAGAAGGACGCUCUCUUGAAGACCUUGGAAGAGCAGAAGACCGAGCUCGCCUCGCUCCGUGUCUCAAAGGUUUUUACUAUUUUUAGAAUCAUCUACGUGAUUUUUAGGUCACCGGAGGAGCUGCUUCUAAGUUGAGCAAGAUCCGUGUUGUGCGCAAAAACAUCGCUCGCAUCCUCACCGUCAUCUCUCAGACCCAAAAGCAGGAGCUCCGCAAGUUCUACGCCGACCAAAAGGUACACAUUUUAAAACAGUAGGAAACAUUCCUGUUUUUGCAAUUGUCUGAAAUGAAUUAUCAAGUUUUUGGUACGAAAAUUUAAGCUUUAAUUUCAGUACAAGCCGAUCGACCUCCGACCCAAGAAGACCCGCGCUAUCCGUCGGCAAUUGACCUCUCAUGAACAAUCUCUUCGUACGGCAAAGCAGUCCGCCAAGCUCAGAAAGUUCCCCUUGAGAAAGUUCGCUGUUAAGGCUUAA